AUGACCACCGACCCGCUGCUGUCGCCGGCUCCACCCGUCAUGCCGUUCGAAGGCAGCAGUGUUACUAUUAGUAACUCGGUUCCAAGUAACGCUAUCGCGCUUCUCGUCGCUGUAGCCGCGCUACUGUGCUACAUCAUCUACGUCAUUCUCAUCAAGCCGCUGCGCCUUCGCCGGCAUUUCACGAAGCAAGGCAUUCCCUUUCUCCCAUUCAGGCCUCUGGUUGGUCAGCUUCCAGAUUUCGUCAACCGCGCGCCUAAGCCCAUACCGGCGUCCGAGCCUGCGCCACUAGGUCCGGCAAGCCUGGGCCCGCUGGUGUGGAAGUGGAGGUGCGAGCUGGGGACGGUCUUCGGGCUCUCCUUCGGCGGCUUCCAGCCAAUCUUCAUUGCCGAGCCCGACCUCUUGCACCAGAUUAUGGUGUCAAAGAAUUCGUGCUUCCAGAAGGAUCAGAACUCGCGGCGCACGGUGGACUUUCUGGCGAACGGGCUGGUGUUCUCCGAGGGCGCCUUUUGGGCGCGGCAGCGCAAGAUGAUCAGCCCGGCGUUCAGCCCUGCCUACAUCAAGCACGCAGUGACAGUAAUGGAUGACCAAGCGCGCAGGGCAGUGCGGCAGUGGGUUCACGCAGUCAACCAUACCAGCGACGGCAACCAAAGUGGCGGCGGCAGUGGCAGCGGCGUGUGUGAGAUUGACAUGUAUGCUGCCUUCACCUCUCUCGCUCUCGAAAUCAUCGGCCUUGCUGCAUUUGGCAGCACUGUCAGCAGCAGUGGGGUGGGCACGGAUGGUGGUAGUGGGAAGGAGACGGAGGAGGAUAGGAGUGUGAAGGAGGCGUACAGAGGAGGGGAGGGGGGGAGGAGAGUGAGGGACGUGUAUGAGGCGGUGGAUGUUCUGAGCACGCGGAGCGCCAAGAGGAUGUUCUCAGGCCGCCUCUUCAUCCCCUUCUACACCUGGCUGCCAACGCAGGAGAACCGGGAGAUGCAGCAAGCAGUGGAGAGGGUGAGGCGCCUGUCUCUCGACCUCAUUGCCACGCGCAGACAGCAGCUAGCAGUGCGUGCUUGCUUGGGUUGGUGUGUGGGCAAACGGGAGGGAGUGGGGGGCAGGGCGAGCGGGGAUUCCCCCCAUCUUCCCAACCCCAACCCCAUUCCCCCCUCCUUUCUUCCUUUUCUCCCCAUGGUUCCUUUCUUCCUUUCGAGUGGCGUUUUCUGGCCUGCAGCAGGCCACGAGACAACAGCCAAGCUGCUGACGUGGGGCGUGUACCUGCUGGCGCGCUUCCCUGAGUGGCAGCAAAGGCUGCGGGAGGAGGUGUGGCAGGUGAUGGGGGAGCAUGCGGAUGCAGGGCAAGGGGCCAAGGAGGGCGGAGGGGAAGGGGAGAAGGAGGAGGGCGGAGGGGAAGGGGCACGGGGCAAGGGGAGAGUGGGUGGAGUGGAGGUGACAUGGGAGCAAGUGGCGCAGCUGAGGCAGAUGCACAUGGUUCUGCUCGAGACACUAAGGCUCUUCCCACCCACGCCUGUCAUCACCCGGGAGGCCAGCAAGGACGUCUUCCUGGGCCCCUACGCCAUCCCUGCCGGCACGCGCAUCAUGAUGUCACUUGCCAUGCCACACAGCGACCCGCGCUACUGGGGGGAGGAUGCGCUCGAGUUCAACCCGGCGCACUUCAAGG